GCGAGCAAGAAGGAACAAAAGCCCUAAAGCAAAUAUUGGAAAGACGGAGAAUCGACUAUUAAGCAAUGAAAUGUAUGUCCCUCAGUGUGAGUUUCACCUCCAAGUAAAACCUGAAGUGCGAGCGUCCUGCGCUGAACACGGUGGAUCUGCUGACACUGGACUCCCUGCUCACUUCUGACAUCCAGUGUCAGCAGCCGGUGCUUUGAAGAUGAUCAACUCACAGAUACACCUCCACUACAACCACACAGGGAAGCUGGACUACCGGCCCAGCGCUGGCACAAACGCCGGCACCGUGGACACCAAAACCAUCGUGUUUCUGGUCAUAUGCAGCUUCAUCGUCCUGGAGAACCUCACCGUGCUGGUGGCCAUAUGGAGAAACCACAGGUUCCACAACCGCAUGUACUACUUCAUCGGCAACCUGGCGUUGUGCGACCUGCUGGCUGGAGUCGCCUACCUGGUCAACUUGCUCUUGUCAGGAGAGAAGACCCUGCAGCUCUCACCUGCUCUCUGGUUUGUCAGAGAGGGCAGCAUGUUUGUGGCACUUGGUGCAUCCAUUUUCAGUCUCUUGGCUAUUGCCAUAGAGAGACACCUGACUAUGAUCAAAAUGAGGCCUUAUGAUGCCAACAAGAACUACAGAGUGUUUCUGCUUAUAGGGACCUGUUGGCUGAUUGCCAUAUCUCUUGGAGCUUUGCCUAUUCUAGGCUGGAACUGCCUGGACAACCUCCCAGACUGCUCCACCGUUCUCCCUCUCUAUAGCAAGAAGUAUGUGGCUUUCUGUAUCUCAGUUUUUAUUGUUCUCCUUUUAGCCAUGUCAGUCCUUUACGCCCGAAUCUACAUCCUGGUUAAGUCCAGCAGCCGGAAGGUGAGCAAGCACAGCAACUCUGAGCAUGCGAUGUCCCUGCUGCGCACUGUAAUCAUUGUAGUUGGGGUCUUCAUCAUCUGCUGGACACCCAUCUUUGUCCUGCUCCUGGUGGAUGUGGCAUGUGAGCAGCGCUGGUCCAUCCUCUACAAGGCUGACUGGUUCAUCGCAGUGGCUGUGCUCAACUCAGCCAUGAACCCAGUAAUUUACACGCUGGCCAGCCGAGAGAUGAGACGGGCCUUCCUCGGUCUGGUGUGUGGCAUUUGCUUCAGGGGGAGGACUUCUGUAAAUGGCAGCGGGAACAGGCAGUCUCUGGAGCCCAGCCGUAGCAGGAGCAAGUCGUGGAGCAGCCAAAACAACCCCAACCAGAAUCAGCAGGGUUCCAGGCAGACAGAGCAGGACAAGGAGCAAAAGACAGACACGGCCCAUGGCGAGGUCUCAGUGGUGGCAGGAGGGACCGCCCAGGUGGUCCUCGAGAGUGAAAAGAAAAACUGAAAGACAGAAGCAAGUAGUCUACAGUAAGAAGGUGAGGGUGGUUCUAACAUGUGCCUGUGCAGUGGACAAAUGAGGAAAAGGAAUAUGUGUUUUGACUGAUGGAUUUCUGGAAAGAAGUGUGGACUUCAGGCCUGGCUGCAGGGCAGCAGUUUCUCUUUUGUGCUUAAUAUUGAUAUAGCUGCAUCACCUAUAAUCGGAAAGCUCAUUAAAAUCUUUGCACUUGACAUUGGAUUGAUGUAUGAAGCCAAUAUGUUCAAUGACUCAUUCAGUGUUGCCUCUCUGUCAAGUACAGGUCAUUUUUCAUCACUGUCGUGUGAGAACCAUAUAUCUCCAAAACUUACAUUGUCACAAAACUGAAAACAACUCAUUUUUUCUGAGCUCAUGACAAGUUGACAUUUCAGAGACAUAUGUGUUUUGCAGGACAAUGAUGAUGACGCUCUCACCCUUGACAGAAAAAAAAAAUUACCUCUGGUGGUUACAGACGUGACCAUCUAAGACAAUUAAGAAGUGAAAAAAUCACCUGCAAAUAUUAACAAGUGCAAUUAUAGUACUGCAAAAAACAAUGUAAUGAAGAAUGAUUGUAGACAAUUAUUAGUGUAAUGAUGAAGAAUUUAAGUUAUUUAUUAUUCUACACAGUCUAUUCUGUGUUCAUUCAGUGAUUCUACAGAAUACUGUUGUUACUGUAAAGAAAACCACAUUGUAAAUAGCAUAUUUGAUAUAAAUGCACAUGUGUAAGUGUCAAACAUUCAAUCUUUUUCAUUAUAUCAGUAGCAUCGUGUUCAAAGUGACAGACCUGCAUUCGUUACCACUGCACAGACACUUAAUGUAACUGACGCAGUUCAUUCGACAGUAUUAGUUUUUAGCAAUACCAGGGCUCCAUCUGCUGGUUAACAGUGGUGACCAGAUAUUGUCACAAUAUGCUGCAUGUCCAAUACAUAAUAUCUUCAAUCCUCAUCUUAGUAACAGAUUUGAAAUUGUUUUGAGUGUGUUUUUAUCUGAUAAUUCCAGAGGUGAAAAAGUUUGGCAUGAAGUCUAAAGGCAUGAAGCUGGUAAACGGAGGCAUGUGAAUGCUGCAUGUGAACAAGAAACAGUUAACCAUGUGCAGCUCUUUAUAUGAUAAAAGAAUAUUAGCUUUGACACAAUAAAGUAAAACAAAAAAAAAAAAAAGAAAAGAAAAACGUAAAUAUACUGUGUAAGGAUGAUUCACCUUGAUCACAUGAUGUGGUCAGCAGAGAGCUCAGUUCUGCCUUGGUUCAUGCGUAGUGACUUCCUCGCACCUUUGAGAAAAUAAC